UUGGUGAAAAAGGUGCUUCAGUGAAAUAAUUAAUAACAAAAUAUAUCAAAAAAAAAUCCUUUUAAUUAUUUAAUGCGACUUUAAAAAAUGUCUAGUGGAACAGCAAACAUAACAACUUUUAUUAAUCAACCAACAACAAUGAACACCGCAUCGAAUAUCAUCUCUGGCAUUACAUUCGGUACAGUCGACUACUUUUUGUUCGUACUGUUGUUGUUAGUUUCUGCGUCGAUCGGAGUUUAUUUCGGCUUCUUUUCUAAAUCCAAAAAUACAACAGAUGAAUAUUUGAUGGGAAAUAAACAAAUGAAAACAUGGCCAAUUGCUAUCUCAAUUAUAACUAGCCAACUUUCAGCGGUAGCCAUUGUUACAGUACCAUCCGAAAUAUAUUCUUACGGUAUCAGUUUCAGUCUUUUGCUUGGAGCUGUUAUUUUGACUGGACCAAUAAUGAACAGUACAAUUAUACCAGUUUUUUAUGAAAAUAAUGUACACAGCUGUUAUGAAUAUCUUGAGAUGCGAUUCAAUAAACGCGUUCGUCAAAUUAUAACAAUUACGUUUUUAUUGCAUUCCCUACUCCUAAUACCUGUACAUUUAUUUCUACCUUCAUUAGCGCUUUCACAAGUUUCCGGAUUAAAUAUUCAUCUAAUUAAUGCAAUUGUCACCUCUAUUUGCAUUUUCUACACAAUGUUGGGUGGCAUUAAAGCAGUUGUCUGGACCGAUGUAGUGCAGGCACUAAUAAUGUUCAUAUCCAUGGUAGCAGUUGGCCUUGUAAGCACUUUUAAACUGGGCGGCUUCAAUGCGGUGAUGACGAAUGCAUACGAAGGGGGACGCUUAAAUUUUAAUUUUUCAUUGGAUCCACGUGUGCGCACCACCGUUUGGAAUGGAUUAUUUAGCGGCAUGUUUGUUUGGAUAAGUUAUAUUGGGCUAAAUCAAAGUUGUGUACAGCGGCUUGUUUCCAUGCCAACAGUUAGAAAUGCUAAAAGAGCCGUUCAUAUAACAACUAUUGGAGUUUUUGUAGCUAUGAUCUUUAAUGUGUUAAUUGGUAUUGCCAUGUAUGCACGUUUUCAUGGCUGUGAUCCUGUUUUGGGCGGAGUUGUUAGCAAAUCAGAUAAAUUAGUACCACUCUUUAUACAGGAUGUGAUUGGACACUUAAAGGGAAUGCCAGGAAUUUUCAUAUCUUCGAUCUUUAGUGCUGCACUAAGCAGUUUGUCCGCUGUACUAAACUCUAUCGCGGGUGUAUGUUAUUUCGAUUACAUUAAACCAUUUGUAGUUCAUACAGAUGCGAAGGCUAAUGCUAUUAUGAAAGUUCUAGUCGUAUUAAUGGGAAUUUAUUGUGUUCUUGGUGGAUUUAUUGUACAAAAUUUUAAUUCUAUUAUGCAAUUAAUAUCGACUGUCGCUGGCAUAGGGAGUGGAGCCAUAGUGGGAAUCUUUUUUUUGGGCGUCUUUGUGCCCAGAGUAAAUGGAAAAGUCGCCUUUAUCGCUAUCAUCACAAGUGUCGGUACCAUGUUGUGGAUAAUUUUACAGGGUCAAAUACGUUUAAAAGCGGGAAUUAUUGAUUAUAUUCCCCUUUCUACGACAAUAGACAAAUGCGAUGCUCAAGAUUUAAAUGAUGUGAUUAAAUCAGUAACUACAACCUCUUCAAUACAACAUUUUUCUGCAACAACAACCGAAGUUCCACUCGUCACAAAUGCUUUCAGUAGCAACAGAGAAUUUUCCAUAUACGAAAUAGCUUUCUAUUGGUAUAAAGUUAUUGGAGGUUUAAUAAUUUGGUUAGUGGCGAUUCCCUUAAGCUACGUUUGGAAAAUACGUGAAGGAGAAACACAAAAUUUAAAAUUAUAUGCCCCUAUCAUGAGAAAAUUCAUAGGGAAAAAAACCAAACCGGCAGAUGUGGAAGAUAGCGAAGCUGCAGUGCCAUUGAAAGAAGGGGAAUCUAAAGUUUAUCCCAAAAUUAUAAAUCGUGAAAAAUAAGAUAGUAUUUGUUAGCGCAAUUUCAAUCAUUCUACAAUAUUUUAUAUUUAAUAUUUUGUUAUUAAAAUGUGAUUUUGUUAAUCUUAAAUCAAAACUCCUGUAAAUGAUCAAAAUUUAAUCAUAUUUUUUCUUGAACUCAGCUCAUUCGGAAAGAAUACUACUUAA